AUGGACUACAUUCUUGAUCCCCUCGAUACUCAAAAGACAACAUAUGUGCGUUACCCCAAACUGAGCGAUGGAUCCAACAGCCCCGCUCCUUUCAACAAAGUGCCAUUCCAACCACUUCUAGAUGGAUUGGAAGAUACCAAGGCAAUAAAGAGACGUUACAAACUAUUUAUGAACUACUGGAACCAAUGUGAGGAAAGGAUCCAACAAAUCUUGAAUCAAUACCACCAACCUUUACUUGAUAAGGUAGUGGAAAAUCUCAAAACGCCAAUUGAUAAAAGUAGUUGUUCUGAUUCAGGCUACCUUGGUAGUUUAAUCCUUGGGUUGAAACCAAAGAUUCCAACUCUAUUGAUGCUUUCCGGGACCAAUAUUGCUAAUCACCAGGAAAUUAUUGACAGUUUGACUGCUACGGUUGAGUCGAACCAUCCUGAGCUCAAACUUGUAUCUUUAGACUCCAAGACUUGUGGGAACGUCAAAACUGCUUUGAAACUGAUUAUUUUCAGUAUAUAUGGUUAUGGUGAUCCUGAUUUGAAAACAAAGUCUCUUGAUUUCGAUGUGAUUCGUCAAUUUUGUACCAAUUAUUAUCAACAGGAAUCAUUGCCUGGCCAAGCUGUGAAGAAUGUUAAAACCACAAACUUAAAAAUCGUGGUCCUUAUAAAAAAUCUAAACACUUUUAGCCAAGCGAUCCUUCAAAAACUUCUUUUUUUGGUGCAAAAGAAUGCUGACGUUGUGCCUUUCAAAUUAAUACUCAAUGUUCCUUCUUUCUCAAUAACAUAUCUUGAAUCACACAUGUUAAGCUCGCUAAGGCAGCUUAUGGUUAGCAAAGUCAUCAGAGUGUCUAAUGAUUCAAAUUCAGUGAUAGAUAAGAUCUUUGAAGCAGUUGUGUUGGAACCAAAGCAAAAGGCCAUCAAUUUAAUGAUUGGCCCUAAAUUAAUAAAGACAAUAUUGGCUCGUAACAAACAAGCGGCAUCGAGUACCCAAUGUUUUAUAAACUGUAUAAAGUAUGUGGUCAUGCUGCAUUAUUUUUCCCUGCCAUUAUGUGCAUUUUUAUCCGGCACUCCAGAAGAACCUAUUGAUUUGUUUGAUGUCCACUCUCGUGGGAAAAACAAGGGGUUUGCGGAAAUAUAUUUAGAUUACUUGAGGCAUCUACCAUCAUUCCAGAAUUUCGUUGGGUUGGUUCAAUUGAACAGUAAACUUUUCAAUUCUUCUAGCUUGCAAGAGUUGUUCAAUCAUUUAAUUGGAUAUAAGGAUGACUUAUCGCCAAUGGAAUGUUUGAAUUUUCUUGUUGGCAAAUUAAUUCCGUUUUCUUUACAAGUUUAUCAAAAUAACAGCGAAAAACUCUUCCAAUUCCUAGAAUUCUUGACUAUUUUACAGGAUUCGGUUAUUAUAAAUAACGAGUUUUUACUGGAUAGAGAUAUUUUGUCAUCCAACACCACCACUCAAUCGUUAAAAUUCGAAAAAAUUUCCAAAAUUGAACUAUAUUGCUUUAUAUUAAAUUCUGUCAAAGAUCAAGACUAUAUAAAGUUCAUCAAACUAUUGUUGAACGUUCUCAUGACGUUGAUCCCAUUUUUUUUGGUUAAAUUGAUCCGGUCUCUCAAAGACUUUUGCAAGCUGAAACCGAUGUUUUCGGAAUUCAGGGAUCAAUUAGCUACUCUUUCAAACCAAGUUAAACAGUACGAUGAAGGUGGGAGCCAUUUCGUUAACAUUUUUGCCGCUGCUGAAAGCAGUCGAAGCGAUGGAUUAAAGGAUAUUUCACUCACUGGGAAGAUCCAGUUUGAAAAAUUGCUUGAGAAUUUCAAUCAUAUGAUUUCCCAGCACUUUUUUGGAGAUAUUUUGAAAGAUUCAAUUUUUGGGUCCCUUACCAAAUGUGUGCCGAAGGAUAGUGUGAAAGAAGGCGAUAGUGAGAGUACCAAGUUGGCGAGUCUUAUGGAUGUAUCUGGUAAAUUCCAUGAAAUUAGAUAUAGUCUAUUUAAGGAAUUUUUUCUUGUGGAGAACCAUGCUGUCAAUGUUGUACUAUCCCCAGCUUACAGAAAAGCAGUUGAAGGAGCAAUGUCUACAACCAGAGGAUACUUCCCAAUGAGGCCAGCAGAUUAUCAGGAGCCAGAAAGAAAGAAGAGAAAAACUGAUGGGAAUACUGCUGAAGACUUUUCAGAAAUUUUGGAUGCUCUACAGAAUCUCAACAAGCCAAUGAUGGUAGAAAUGUUCAAGUUGUACCGAGAAGCCCCACUUCAUAUCAACAUUUUUGAUUAUUACGAGUCAUUUAAAUCUGUGUUUAACCGGAAACAAUAUUUCAAAUAUCUUUUAAAAGCAGUUAAUUCUAAGGAAGCCACAACAAUUCUUGGGGAUGAAGAGCAAAGGUCAGAGCUCUUGAAUUUUUUGCUGUCUUUUAAGAGCAAGAAGCUGGCAGAAGAGGCGAACGUCAAGUGGGAUGCGGUUGUUUUAGCUUUAUUCUUACAAAACCUUGCUGAUUUGCGAUACAUUGGGAUUUUCAAGGAGUCCCGACGCCAGGUAGAGGCGAUUGAAAAAGGCAUAUGGAGAUCUCUAUAG